AUGCAGGGCUCCUUCCUAUCCUCCCUUGGGCGAAGAGCAUCCCCAUCAUACCAUCGACUACAACUCCGGAUCGUUGCCCGCAGCAGCCUACACAGAAGUCUAAACUCUGUAGCUGCGACUCCAUACUCAUUAUGUCCUUCCUAUUCCACCCAAUCGGAACUACCCCUCGGCGCCCGCGCCUCAAAUAACAUGUUCUUUUCAUCCACCCAUCGCUCGGGAGGAAAGGGAAAGCCACGUGCUGCGCCAUCACCUUCUUCUAUCCCUCCCACUAAGCCGACUUCGAGGCAAAUUGCUUCUGGAAAAAAGGGCAAUUUUGCGAAGCUGAAGGCCAAUGCAAAAAAAGGCAUAGGCAGCUCAAGUUCACGCCAUACACCCCAACAUGAUCACUCUAAUAAAUCGACAAAAAAUAAAAAUAAAGCGGAUCAACAACUACCACACGAUCUUCAUCUAUAUCGAACGAAAGCUGAUCUACUCUCCGAGUUCAGAAUCCCAGCCAAUGGAGAAUACUCCCGCAUGCGUGCCUCACCCCUGAUCCUUCUUCUAGAUACUGGCAGGUUCACUAAAGUCUCGAUUUUCGGAAGCAGUUCCAGAACAUCAAGGGGAAAUGUCGUCCACCACGUUCGAGCAACAGGAAAAAUGCAAAUUGAAGAUGCUCCAACCAGUUUUGUAGGAUACGGAGCAGCUGAAACACAGUCGGCUGCUCAAAGUGUUGCUUGGUUGCAUAUUGCUUGUCAAAUCCACCAGCAGAUCGGCCCAGAACAAGUUAUGGGAACUACGUAUGACAAAGGCGAGAUUACUUCCGAGGUUUUGAAGAAGGAAAAGGACUCCAAACUUGAAGUUUACGAAUACUGUGCGGCAUACAAUGGGACUCCUGAAUUUCACUACAGGCGGGUACCCCGGAAUAGACAACACGAAAUAAUGUUAAAUUUCCCGCAACAGAAUAUCAAAAUUGUGGUACGGCACCGCGAUGCUGUAUUGGGGGAUACUAUUGCCUGUUUAUUGUUCAAAAAGCAAGCUGAACAAUGGCAUGCUCAAAACUCUGAGUCGAAUCUUCAGGUCAAGAAUGUUCUUUCUCUCAAUUCUUCUAAUGCUCGGCAGUUCCUCGAUAUUUGCAAACAACAAGGGAAGAUUACAAAAUACGAUUGUAUUAUCCCGACCGAAAAGCUUUUACGGGUCCCGGGGAUGCACUCCCUUCAGGCACUGAUCGAUGGUGAACCGCUUGGGCAAGUAGUUCACGGUGCUUCUAAAAAGGCUACCGAAACACUUGCUUACUUCGUUGCUGCCCUGAAGUUACGAGAGGUACAUCCGGAGAUAUUUGUAAACUUCAUCGAAGCACUGCGGGCUGGCAAAGGUGAAGUAUUGAAGCCUCUAUCACCAAUAUGGUUUCGGUCUCGGUGGGACUAUUUACAACCGAUGGUGGAUACGGUUAAUAUGGUUCGAAGAAUUGGGAUACCUCGCGAAUAUUCUGACUUGACUUCUCGGGAAAAUGAUAACGCAACGAAGAGCCGGAGUUUUGGCUGGUCGCCCCCGAGCAACCACGCAGUAAAAAUGAGAAGCCAAGAAUUAUUGGAUGAGUAUCUUGCCUACAACGCCGACCAGAGUCUCGAAGAAUUGAGAACGAAACGGGCGGACUUACCAAUGAAUCAACACGCUGCCCAAGUUCUGGGUAUUGUCAAAAACAAUCCUGUUAGCAUUAUUGUGGGAGCGACUGGAAGUGGAAAAACCACCCAGGUACCCCAGAUCCUGCUUGAAGAUGCGGUCAAAGGCGGUGAAGGGGCCUUAUGUAAUAUCAUUUGUACACAGCCACGUAGGAUUGCAGCUACAUCGGUAGCUCAACGUGUCGCAGAAGAAAGAAACGAGCCUCUUCGCAAAACGAUCGGAUACCACGUCCGGUUUGAUUCUAAAGUUGCGGCACCAAACGGGAGUAUAAACUUCUGUACGACUGGAAUACUUCUCCAACAGCUUCGCUCAAAUGCUGAAGUUGCCUUGAGGGGGGUUUCGCACAUCUUGAUUGAUGAGGUACACGAAAGAGAUAUACAGAUUGAUUUUUUGAUGGUCCUCCUAAAACGGGUAAUGCGCCAGCGAGAGCAGCAGGGUCUCUCUCCAAUUAAAGUGGUCUUGAUGAGCGCCACGAUGAAUACAGAGCUUUUUGCUGGGUAUUUUGCUAAAAUGCAAGAGAACGGGCGAUUAAAAGAUUGUCCGUCCUUGUCCGUACCCGGUCGAACCUUUCCAGUCGCUGAAUAUUUCCUUGACGAAGUCCAAUCAAUGCUCGCUGCUCAAUAUUCUGCUAGCGAUCUAAAACUUCUUCGGGACCCCGACACUCGAGAUUAUCUUGAAUUGGAAUCUAAAUAUAGGGCGAAGGUGUCUCCACUUCAACUGACACAAGCGUCUCGAAAUAUCUCUAUGCCCGAAGACGACUCUUUUAUUGAUUGGAAACGUAAAGCGAUUGUCGGGGAUGAUGGCGAAGUAAUGGUUUCGAAUGAAAAGGAGGAUGGGUUGACACCUUGCGGUCUUAUCGCAAUUGUGAUAGCCCAUCUGGCGAAAACAACUGACGCCGGUGAUAUUCUGGUCUUUCUUCCUGGGUUGGCGGAGAUUAAACUCGUAGAUGAGAUGCUUCGACUUAGUGCACCCCUCGGGGUUGAUUUUCAAAACUCUGAUACUUACCGGAUAGACAUAUUGCACUCGUCGCUUCCCCAACAACAAAUGGAUGUUUUCCAUGCUAAUGCCGCGGGAAAGAGGAAAGUGAUAUUAUCAACGAACAUAGCAGAAACAUCGGUUACCAUCCCCGAGGUGAGAUAUGUCGUGGAUAGCGGAAAGCUCCGUGAAAAGAGGUUCGAACAGACGUCAAGGAUUACCAAACUCCAAUGUACAUGGAUUAGCAAGUCGAAUUCAAAACAACGUGCGGGAAGAGCUGGCCGGGUUCGCAACGGCAAUUAUUAUGCACUUUUUACGAAGGAGAGGUUUACUGAGUUCCGACCAUCCAGUCUCCCUGAAAUUCUCCGAUCCGACCUCCAAGAGAUAUGCUUAGACAUCCGGGCGCAGGGGUUCAAGGAUCCAAUCGCGCAAUUUCUUUCUGAAGCAAUAGAGCCCCCCUCGUCUGCUUCUAUAGAGGCUGCCCUAAGCCAGCUGAGAGGGCUUGGAGCUCUUGAGAAGGAUGAGACAUUAACGAACCUUGGAAAGGUUUUAGCUACAAUGCCCGUCGAGCCGGCUUUAGGGAAAAUGAUUUUGCUUGGUGUCAUCUUCAAAUGCCUCGAUCCAAUGAUAAUUCUGGGCGCGGCAAGUGGUAGUCGUGAACUCUUCGUUUCACCAAUGGAAAGAAAGAGGGAAGCACAGGCAAUUAAAAAAACCUUCGCGAAAGGUACAGGGAGUGACCAUAUGGCAAUUAUCAAUGCUUUCCGCGAGUGGAGAACACGCCGUGAUAACGAAAGCAUGUUUGCAACUUCAAGGUUCACUGAGGAGAACUUCCUUCAUCGAGGUGCACUUCGCGUUAUUGAUCAGACGGCGAACCAGAUAGAAGAAAUCCUUGUCACUGAAGGUAUUAUUCCUUAUUUAAAAAAAAACCAACGCUUUAAAGGAGAGUAUGGUCAUCCCCGAUUAAACGAAAAUUCUGCAUCAAUACCGCUCAUAAAAGCGCUGUCUUUGGCUGGCACAUACCCCAACGUUGGCGUUGCCUUGGGUGGUCUUGGAUUUAGGACGAUGGAAGAGAAUUUUGUUAUGAUUCACCCUGGCUCAACGAACUACUCUGGCAGAGGCCAAGUUCAAGGCCCACCGAGGGACACUAUUGUAUCGUUUGGAACAAAAGCGAGAUCUAGCGAUGGGAAGUCAACAUACAUGCGCGAUGUCACACAAAAUACUGUGUUAAAUGCCAUGCUCUUUGGGGGGAAGCCCACUCAACAAACAAAUAUGCUCCUCUUCGACGGCUGGAUUCCCGUGUCUAUUAGUGAUGAGCGUGUCUUGAAGGUCGUUCUGCAGUUUAGACUAGUUCUUGACAAGGUUUUGAACUACGUGUUCCAAAAUGUUUCCGUCCGCAAGUCGAACAAUGAAGCAGCAAAAGCUGAUGAGAAGCUUCGUGACGUUGUGGCUAGUGGCGUGUUGGAGGCGUUGGAGAAAUACUCUGAAGUUCAUCCUUUGGGGCCCAUCGUAUCCAGCCGGAAUACUAGAAGCAACGUGACCAUCCGACCUCAGCAAUCCAUGGCUGUCCCUGGCCAGCGCUCAUUUUUGCGCUCUAGUGGUGGCUCUCCGCGCCGGCCGGAUUGA